AUGGCUUCGCUCUCCAAGCAGAGUGAGGGCAAAAGCAUCUCCGCCUAUGGAGAAGCUCGCUCGACCGUCCAAGGAGAAUGCCUCACCUCUGACGAGGUCCAGAAGAUGAACUCCUAUUUCCGUGCCAGCCUCUAUCUCUGUCUUGGCAUGUUGUAUCUUCGAGACAACCCUUUGCUUCAGGAGCCGCUCAAGCGUGAACAUUUGAAGCAUCGCCUGCUGGGUCACUGGGGUUCGGAUGCUGGCCAAUCUUUUACCUGGAUUCACAUGAACCGCCUGAUCAAGAAAUAUGACUUGAAUGCUCUGUUUAUAUCAGGCCCGGGUCACGGAGCGCCUGGCAUUCUUUCACAGUCAUACCUUGAAGGUGUCUAUUCGGAGGUUUAUCCCGACAAGACCGAAGACGCCGAGGGUAUGCAGAAGUUCUUCAAGCAAUUUAGCUUUCCCGGGGGUAUUGGUUCGCAUGCAACACCCGAGACUCCUGGCAGUAUCCACGAGGGCGGCGAACUCGGAUAUUCCAUCUCCCAUGCCUUUGGAACCGUGUUUGACAACCCCGACCUCAUCACGCUGACAAUGGUUGGCGAUGGAGAAUCCGAAACAGGUCCACUUGCGACAAGCUGGCAUAGUACCAAAUUCCUCAACCCUAUCACCGACGGUGCCGUUCUACCUGUCCUACAUCUAAAUGGAUACAAGAUCAACAACCCAACCAUCCUCGCUCGAAUCAGUCAUGAAGAAUUGACUUCCUUGUUCAUUGGAUAUGGUUGGAAGCCGUACUUUGUUGAGGGAAGCGACUUGCAGAGUAUGCAUCAGGCCAUGGCCGUCACCAUGGAGCAGUGCGUCAAGGAAAUCAGAGAGUAUCAACAGCAAGCUCGCUCUUCCAACAAGCCCUUCCGCCCGCGCUGGCCGAUGAUCGUCCUGCGUACCCCCAAAGGAUGGACCGCCCCUAGGGAGAUUGAUGGAAAGCUACUUGAAGGCUUUUGGCGGGCUCAUCAGAUUCCAAUCACCGAUGUCCUCACCAACCCCGAUCACCUCAAAGUUCUGGAGUCUUGGAUGAAGGGGUACAAGCCUGAGGAGCUUUUCGAUGCGAACGGCAAAUUGGUUCCCGAGCUUCGUGCUCUUGCACCCACUGGGAAUUUGCGAAUGUCUGCAAACCCCGUCGGAAAUGGAGGUGUCUUGCGCAAGCCCUUGGACCUGAAUGACUUCAGGAAGUAUGCUCUCCAGGACAUUGUCUCCGGAAAAACCAUCAAGGGAGGCAUGGCAAACAUGGCCAAUUUCCUUCGCGACGUCGUCAGCAGGAAUAUGACCAACUUCCGACUCUUCGGCCCCGACGAGACCGAGUCCAACAAGCUUGCCGAAGUCUACAAGGCAGGUAAGAAGGUCUGGUUGGCCGACUACUUUGAAGAGGACAAAGAUGGUGGCAAUCUUUCUCCUUCGGGUCGUGUGAUGGAGAUGCUCAGUGAGCAUACUUGCGAAGGCUGGCUUGAGGGCUACAUCCUUUCUGGACGUCACGGUCUCAUCAACAGCUACGAGCCGUUCGUUCACGUUAUUGACUCUAUGGUUAAUCAACACUGCAAGUGGAUCGAGAAGUGUCUCGAGGUUGAAUGGAGAGCCAAGGUUGCCUCGUUGAAUAUUCUGAUUACAGCAACCGUCUGGCGCCAGGAUCACAACGGUUUCACCCACCAAGACCCUGGAUUCCUAGAUGUCGUCGCAAACAAGUCUCCCGAAGUCGUUCGUAUCUACCUCCCUCCGGAUGGUAAUACCCUCCUUUCUGUUAUGGACCAUUGCCUGCGCAGUGUCAAUUAUGUCAACGUCGUCGUGGCCGACAAGCAGGAACACAUUCAGUUCCUGAGCAUGGAGGAUGCUGUUGAACACUGCACCAAAGGACUCGGAAUUUGGGACUGGGCAAGCAACGACCAGGGUGAAGAGCCCGAUAUUGUUAUGGCAUCCUGUGGUGAUGUCUCAACUCACGAAGCCUUGGCCGCUACCGCUCUCCUGCGUGAGCAUCUCCCCACCCUCAAGAUCCGCUUUGUGAAUGUCGUGGACCUCUUCCGGUUGAUUUCAGGGAGCCAGCACCCUCACGGCAUGCCCGAUCAACAAUGGAGAGCCAUCUUCACCGACAACAAACCCAUUCUCUUCAACUUCCACUCCUACCCCUGGCUGAUCCACCGAUUGACCUACAAGCGACCUGGACAGCACAACUUGCAUGUCCGCGGAUACAGAGAGAAGGGCAAUAUCGAUACUCCCUUCGAGCUGGCCCUGCGUAAUGGAACCGAUCGAUACAGUCUUGCCAUUGACGCGAUUGACUUGAUUCAGUCCCUCGGUAAUACUGGAUCUAGUGCGCGUGAGAAGUUUACCAAGUUCCAGCUUCAAGGGAAGAAGGAGGCGUUCAGUAAUGGUGUUGAUCCUGAGAACAUCCGUAACUGGACCUGGCCUUACUCAAAGAAGGCUUAA